AUGUUCUGUGCAUAUUGUCAGUUAUAUGUUUAUGAUCCUAAUACUGCUUUAAAUUUUCGAAUGGAGCAAAAUGAUUGUUGCAUACGUGAGUUGAUGGAAUUUUUGCAGACUAUAAUUAGUCAAGAGAACCCAUUUGCUCUUGCAUUUAAAAACAUGGCUGAAAUUGAAGAUGAAGAAGUACGUCAAGCAGCUUUAGAAGGUCGACCAACUUCGAUUGUUAAAAUGUCAUUGCUUGAAGGUGGUGAUAGACGUCGAUACAAUCUUCCUUCACAUGAGGAAGUUGCCAUUGUUUUUGUUGGGGAUGAUGGUGCUCCACCUCCAUCUAGGGAAGUAGUUAUAUACCCUCGAGGUCAGGCCUUAAAAACAAUUUCAAGUAUGUCUGCAAAUCUAGAUCCAAUGAUAUAUCCAAUAUUUUUUCCAAGAGGUGAUGCUGGAUGGCAUGAGCAACUAGAGCAUCAUCCUGACCGAGCUACACGUGUUAGAAAUCGGGUUACUUUGUCUCAGUACUACAAUUACAGGCUUUCUGUUAGAGAAACCUUUAAUCCUAUAUUUUAUGGUAAGAAGCUUUUUCAACAGUAUGCUGUUGAUGCAUAUGUCAAGAUUGAAGGUCAGCGCCUUGCUUUUAUUAGAAAUAACCAAAACAGACUUAGAAGUGAACAAUAUGAUACAUUAUAUGUACAUGUAAAUAACGCUGCAAAUAACCUUAAUGUAAGACCAGGUCGUGUUGUUAUACUACCAUCCUCAUAUGUUGGAAGUCCAAGAGCUUUAAAAGAAAAUUUUGAAGAUGCAAUGGCAAUUAUAAAGAGAUAUGGCAAACCAGAUCUUUUUAUUACUUUUACCUGCAAUCCAAAAUGGAAAGAAAUUACAGAAAAUUUAAAUCCAGGUGAGAGCCCAUCUGACAGACCUGAUUUAGUUUGUCGUGUAUUUAAGAUGAAACUUAAAUGCUUCCUAGAUGAUAUUUUUAAACACGGAGUCUUAGGUAAAGUUAUAAGUCAUGUACAGGUUAUUGAGUUUCAAAAACGUGGUUUGCCACAUGUACAUAUUUUAUUGCACUUUGUAAAUGAUGAUAAGCUAGAAACAGCAGAGGAUAUUGAUAGUCUAAUAUCAGCUGAAAUUCCAGAUCAAACUGUUGAUCCUGAACUUUUUGAAAUUAUAAAAACAUGUAUGAUUCACGGACCAUGUGGAAUUUUGAAUCCCAAUUCUUCUUGCAUGAAAGAUGGGAUUUGCACAAAAAAGUUUCCUAAAGAAUUUAAUCCUCACACUGUUGCAACUUUCAAUGGCUAUCCUCACUACAGGCGUUUAGAUAAUGGUAGAGUAGUCGUUAUAAAAGGUAACCAAGUUGAUAAUUGA